AUGGCGAUCGAUUCGUUACUAAAGUCAAUACUAGCCUACUCAAUUAGUCACCCUUUGCUUUUCACAGUCUAUGCUUUCACAGCUUGUAUUGUGGGCUAUGUUACAAUCACAGAGUUCCAGCGGGCCACAGUCCGCAUACCAGGCAUCUCAGGUCCUGUCGGUCUUCCAAUGAUUGGGAAUAUCCACCAAAUCCGAACCAACGCGGCAGAGCAAUACCGUCUAUGGGCUCAGCAGUAUGGUCCAGUCUACCAAAUCAUGCUUGGCAAUGUUCCCGUCGUUGUCAUCAACAGCGCGGCAUCUGCCCGGGAAAUAUUCGGUGCCAACUCUCAGGCAUUGAGUUCCAGACCAGAGUUCUACACUUUUCAUAAAGUCGUCAGUAGUACUGCGGGGACUACAAUCGGCACUUCACCCUUCUCAGACAGCUUGAAAAGGCGACGCAAGGGAGCAGCGAGUGCACUCAACAAGCCGAGCAUUAUGACUUAUAUUCCACAUAUCGAUACGGAGACAAAGGCAUUUGUGAAGGAGUUCCUUGAGUAUGGUGCGGCAGGGACGAAGCUCGUUGAUCCCAUGCCGAUGAUUCAGCGUCUAAGCUUGUCGCUUGCGCUGACCUUGAAUUGGGGAACACGUAUUGCCUCACAGUCUGAUGAUCUCUUCGACGAGAUCACCUAUGUUGAGGAAGAGGUGUCGAAGUUCCGAUCCACUACUGGCAAUUUACAGGACUACAUACCUAUCUUACGACUCAAUCCGUUCAGCGUUGGCAAGUCAAAAGCUCGUGAGAUGCGACGAAGACGUGAUGUGUACCUUAAGCGCCUAAAUGAUGAACUUGAUGAUCGUAUGGAAAAAGGUACGCAUCAGCCUUGCAUCCAGGCCAAUGUUAUCCAGGAUAAGGAGGCCAAGCUGAACAAAGAGGAGCUUACCUCUAUUUCUCUUACCAUGUUGUCUGGUGGUCUGGAUACACUCACAACACUGGUUGCGUGGUCUAUGGCUCUCCUUGCAGAGCGUCCAGACAUCCAGAACAAGGCUCUCGAAGAGAUCCGCAAAGUCUAUCCGCUGGAAUCAAGCAUUCUCUGCGAUGAGAACGACGACCAGAGCAUACCCUAUAUUGUAGCCCUGAUCCGGGAGUUCCUCCGCUUCUACACCGUACUCCGUCUAUCUCUCCCUCGAGCCUCGGUCAAAGACAUCCGCAGCUCGUUCAACAAAGGCGCCAUCAUCCCUGCGGGCACUGUGGUCUUCCUCAACGCCUGGUCCUGCAAUAUGGACCCCGAAGUCUGGGGUGACGACUACCUGACCUUCCGCCCAGAGCGCUGGCUCGAGCAGCCAGAUGCACCGCUCUUCACUUACGGUCUUGGUUACAGGAUGUGUGCAGGGUCGCUGCUGGCUAACAGGGAGAUGUACACCAUAUACCUACGGUUGAUCAGUUGCUUUGAGAUCCGGGAUGUGGUCGCUGAGGAUGGUGGUGCUGUUAAUACACAUCCUGUGAUGGGCGUGCAAGAUCAGACUCAGCUUGUUAGCGUGCCGAAGAGAUAUAAGGUUAGGAUGGUGCCGAGAGAUGAACAGCGUCUGGUCGAGUCAUUGGUUGGAUUUGAAGGGUAG